AAUAACGAAUUUAUUGAGAUUUAAAUGCAAACAGCUUCAAAGGCACAGUAAUAAGCAUUCGGAAGCGAAAACAGGCCACUGUCUGUUCCGGCGUAUACAAAUAGUUACUAAGUUCUUCUCACGGGUUCAAAAUUUUAAAUUAAUAGUUAUUUCCAUGUUCCUUUUCCAAAAUUUCACAUAAAAUUCUAUUUAUAAUGUUAAAAGAACUGCUAAUAGUUUUAUUUAUUUCUCUGUGCCUUUCUCCCGCAAUAUUAUGCGAUGAUAUAUUUGGAUGUGGUGGCUUCGUUAAAUCGAAUUUUACUAUAAACUAUUCAAGAGUAGAAAUAAAAUUAUAUACGAAACACGGCAGUUUAAAAUAUCAUACAGAUUGUGCUCCUCACAAUGGCUACUAUUUAAUACCUUUGUAUGAUAAAGGAGACUAUGUUUUGAAAAUUGAGCCACCUCUUGGAUGGAGUUUUGAACCAAGUAGUGUUUCAUUGCAUGUUGAUGGCAAAUCUGACCCAUGUAGCCUAAAUCAAGAUAUAAACUUUAACUUCAAAGGGUUUACUGUCUCUGGACAAGUUCUCAGUAGAGAUGGAAAUACUGGUCCUGUAGGGAUUAAAUUGAAAUUAAAAGAUGUUAAUUCAAAGGUGAUAAAGGAAACAAUAAGUACAAAAGGAGGACAUUAUUCAUUUUCUGAAUUAUUUCCAGGCAAAUACAAAAUUGAAGGCAGUCAUGAGACCUGGCUUUUUGACCAAUCACUUGAAGAAAUUCAAGUUACUGAUGAUAACUAUAAAACAAGAAAUAAAAUUGUCAUAGCUGGUUAUGAUGUCAGUGGUUCUGUAUUCAGUGAUGGGCAACCCAUACAAGGAGUUCAUUUCUUAUUAUUUUCUCAGAAACCUCUUAAAUCACCCUCAGGCUGCAAUACAGAUAUGGUAAAAGGCUUCAGCCACACUUUAGACAUGUCAUACAUAUGUCACACCACUUCUUCCAAUAAUGGAAAAUUUGUGUUUCCUUCUUUACCUCCUGGUAGCUACAAGUUAGUUCCUUUUUACAAAGGAGAGCACAUUGAGUUUGAUGUGUCACCACCUAAACUAGAUUUUGUGAUCAAUGAAGGCAGCUUCCAUAUUCCUGAAAGUUUUCAAGUUCAAGGUUUCAGUGUUAGUGGUUGGAUUGGUACAAAGCCAAAAGGGAAAAGCUUGCAGAAUGUUUCUGUGUACAUAAAUGAUGAAAUUCAUGGAGUAUCUGAUGCAAAUGGAAUUUACCACUUAGAAAACAUGAGGGCUGGGACAUAUCAUUUGGAAAUGAAAAAAGAGUUGCUAGUUUUUGAAUCUAAAGAAAUGAAAAUAAAUCCUAAUACACCUAGGUUACCAGAUAUUUAUGUAAGUAAAUUCUAUGUAUGUGGCCAACUAAUUAUUGAAGAAUAUCCUGCUGGAUUAGAACGUAGUGAAAGAAGUUUAAUUCUGAAAUCACUGAAAGAUAAUGAAGAACUGAUAGUACAAAUUAAUGUAGACUUCACAUUCUGUUUGCAUGCAGCACCAGGAAAAUAUACUCUGGAACCCAAAAUAUCGGAAACUGAAGCAAGUUUUGGUUUAAAGUUUAUGCCUGUGAAACAAACUAUUGAAGUUAUUGAUGAACCAUUGUUGAACAUAAAGUUCAAGCAGUUUCGAGCCGAGGUGAAAGGAAAAGUGAACUGUAUAGAAAAAUGUUCCGAUAUAGUGCUUGAUUUGGCUCCCUUGUCUCAUGAUAGACCUCAUCUGAAAGCAAUUACUGAUGAUUUGGGUUAUUUUGAGUUCGAAAAGUGUUUGCCAGGUAAUUAUAUUCUUUCAUUAGUAAAAGAUGAAUGGUGCUUUCAGUCAAAAACAUUAAAAUUCACCAUUGUUGAUAAAGAUAUCCUAAACCUUGAACUCUACCAGACUGGUUUUCAGUCAACUAUUAUACUAACGCAUGCAUCAGCAUUUAAAGUGAAGUACCCUUCUGGUGAGUUUCAUGAUAUAGAACUUCAUAAAUCUAAAAAUGCAAUUUGCUUACCAGAAAAAGGAAUAUAUGAUUUCAUUCCAGUAGGAUGUCAUUUAUACAAAAAAGAUUCUUUUAAGUUUGAUACAAGCAAUCCUUUAGAGAUAAACCUAUCUCCAAUUAAACAUUUAGUCACAGGAAAUAUACUGACUGAAGCAAAUGUAACAGAUAUCAAAGUUCAUGUAAAGAAACAAAUGAAUGCUGCAGAGGAUAUCAUUUCACUGCAGGAACCAUUGGACUUAAAAGGGGAUUAUUAUAGAUACACAUUCUCUGUUUUUGCUCCUCCAAAUUCUGAUCUUGAAUUGAAAGCCUUGUCAAAACAGCUCUUGUUUCGUCCACCAAGCUUAGUUGUUAAAGUUGGAGAUGAUUGUUUGGAAAAUGCUGUUGAAAUAAUAGGAAAAAGGGGCCUAUUUUUGAAUGGAAGUGUAACUCCAGCUAUUGAAGGAGUGAAUAUAAAAGUAAUUUCAAAAUCAACAGAUAAUAUUUAUGCUGAAACCACAACAGACAAGGCUGGCGUGUUUAUUGUUGGACCAUUAGAAGAUGACAGUGAUUACGUAGUGCAAGCUGAAAUCGAAGGUUAUGUAUUUACCCCGCUUGACACAAUGGGACAUUUUGAGGCUUUCAAGCUUGCUGAAAUUGUAGUUCACGUGAAAAAUGAGGAUGGCUCACCUUUAGCCGGUGUUUUGCUUUCUCUAACGGGAGGAUCAGAUUAUCGUAAAAACAGUGUAACACAGAAAAAUGGAAAAUUGUCUUUUACUGGAUUGGGACCUGGUCAAUAUUUUCUGAGAUCAAUGCUGAAGGAAUUUAGUUUUAACCCUCCUUCCAAAAUGAUAGACAUCAAAGAGGGAGCACAAAUGAACAUUGAAAUCACGGGUAAACGAGUUGCUUAUAGUUUAUAUGGAGUUGUUACAUCACUUACGGGUGAAGCCGAAAUAGGAGUUGCAGUGGAAGCUGUAGGUGUUAAAGAAGGAGCUUGUAGUCAAUACCAAGAAGAGGCUCUCAGUGAAUCUGGAGGAGCAUUUCGCAUUCGAGGUCUCCAACCUGGAUGUGAGUAUAUGUUGCAUUUAAAGCCAGGAACUGAAGUUAAUCAGCAUAUUGAAAGAUCAACACCUAAAGAGCUUUUAGUAAAGGUUUCUGAUGGGGACAUAACUGGAGUGAGGUUGAUAGUCUUUCGUUACUAUGGCCAGUUGGAUGUAAGUGGAAAUGUUAUCACAAAUCAAGAAUAUUUAAGUACUUUAAAAGUUCGCUUAUAUAGAGAAGAUAUUCCUGAUCAAGUAGUGCAUUCGUUGACAUUAGGACAAAGUAACUUCUUUUAUUUGCCUGCAAUGCCAAUAGAUAACAAAGUGUAUACCUUACAGUUGGAAUCAUCAUUACCAAGCAAUUCUUAUUUCUUAGAGCAACCAUCUGUUACAUUUUGUGCCAAUACAACAUUUUAUCAUUUUACUAUGACAUUCCAACCAAGAGUUAAAUCAGUUGAACAAGAAGUAACUCAAGGCUCAUUUUUAGCGCUACCUUUUACAAUUAUAUGUCUCAUAUUAGCAUACAACUAUACGAAGCUCAUACCACUUUUCACAAACCUUUUUCUUUUACUUUCAUCUUUUUCCAAUCCAGGGAAAGCUCAAUCUUCUACAGAAACUUCAUCAGAUAGUUUAAAUUUAAGAAAGAAGACUAGACCAAAGAGGAUUCAAUAGAUUAGAAAAAAGACAUUAAAAUUUUGUUAAAUUUAUAUCAUAUGCACCAUGAAUCAGUAAAUUGCAUUGUGAUUUGCAAUGCAUUGCAAUUUUUUAAAAAAAAUGUCUUUAUGUCUUGAAUAAAAUAAACAAGUAAAUUUUAAAA